AUGGCCGAGUCAAGUUGGUCUAUCUUUUGUGGCCGGAGCCGUCUGAAGGAAGAGGCCUCGUUCUGGGACAAACGACAGGGAUCGGGAGGAAGCAGAGGAAAUGCUUUUUUAGGAGCUCCUGGAAGAGCCUGGAGCCACCUCACAGUCGACGGCGCGCGCUUCGAGGGCCGCGGUUCCACCAAGAAACAGGCCAAGGCGAGGGCGGCCGCGCUGGCUCUGCGCUCCUUCGUCCAGUUCCCCAACGCGCCGCAGGCUCACGCCUGCCCCCAGGGCGCCAUCACUUUUAUCCCACAGGGCUCCACCACCUUUAGCCCCCAGGGCGCCACCACUAGCCCACAGGACUCCUUUAGCCCACAGGGCGCCACCUUUAGCCCACAGGGCGCCAACACCUUUAUCCCCCAGGGCUCCAACACCUUUAGCCCACAGGGAUCCACCUAUAGCCCACAGGGCGCCUUUAGCCCACAGGGCUCCACCUUUAUCCCCCAGGGCGCCACCACCUUUAGCCCACAGGGCGCCAAAACCGGCUCACAGGGAGCUAUGACUGGAAAACAGGGCGCCUUUAUCCCACAGGGCGCCAUCAGCCCCCAGAGCGCCUUUAUUAGCCCACAGGCCGCCACCUUUAGCCCCCAGGGCUCCACCACUAGCCCCCAGGGCGCCACCUUUAGCCCCCAGGGCUCCAACACCUUUAGCCCACAGGGCGCCACCACAUUUAGCCCCCAGGGCUCCACCACUAGCCCACAGGGCUCCACCACCUUUAGCCCACAGGGCGCCUUUAUCCCAAAGGGCUCCACCUUUACCCCCCAGGGCUCCACCACCACUAGCCCACAGGGCUCCACCACCUUUAGCCCACAGGGCGCCUUUAGCCCACAGGGCUCCUUUAUCCCCCAGGGCUCCAACACUAGCCCACAGGGCUCCACCACCUUUAGCCCCCAGGGCGCCACCACUAGCCCCCAGGGCUCCACCACCUUUAGCCCCCAGGGCGCCACCACCUUUAGCCCCCAGGGCUCCACCACCUUUAGCCCCCAGGGCGCCAAAACCAGCUCACAGGGCUCCACCUUUAGCCCACAGGGUUCCUUUAGCCCACAGGGUUCCUUUAGCCCACAGGGCGCUAUCAGCCCACAGGGCACCAACACCUUUAGCCCACAGGGCGCCUUUAGCCCACAGGGCGCCAUUAGCCCACAGGGCGCCAACACCUAUAGCCCCCAGGGCUCCACCACCUUUAACCCACAGGGCGCCAACACCUUUAGCCUGCAGGGCUCCACCACCUUUAGUCCACAGGGCGCCAUUAUCCCACAGAGCGCCUUUAGCCCCCAGGGCUCCACCUUUAGCCCCCAGGACUCCUUUAGCCCCCAGGGUGCCUUUAUCCCCCAGGACUCCACCUUCAGCCCCCAGGGCUCCACAUUUAUCCCCCAGGGCUCCACCAUCUUUAGCCUCCCGGCGGUGCUCCACCGGCUGCUGCCGGGGCUCCGGUACGUGUGCCUGAGGGAGCCGGGGGGGGCCGUCGUCAUGGCGCUGCGGGCGGGGGGGCGGGUCUUCGAGGGCUGCGCCCGCAGCAAGCGGCUGGCCAAGGCGCGGGCGGCCGCCGCCGCCCUGCGGACGCUAAACGGCCUCCAGGCCAGCAGGACCCAGACCCAGCUGCCCCAGAAUUAA